CGCCAUUUGUAAACAUUGAAGGUCGUGGAGAAAACGAAACUACCAAAAUAGUUAUUUGACAAUUCAUUUCAAAGUUAUAAUGAAUGACAGUUCGCGAAUUUGCAGCCUCUGACAAUUGUAAAAUGACGGAAUAGAUGGUAGAAGCUGUACUAAUGACAUUGGUGCUAGGAAGAUGCUUGCAAAGAGCAAUUUAAUUUUCAGACCGAACAUAAAAACACAAGCAAAGCAUUGUUUUGUCUUGAAUUUUACAAGAAUGCUAUAUGACUAUGCUUUGAUGAAGGGUCUUUACAAGUUAUAAGAUAACAGAUUAAUAAGAAAUAAAAGUACAUGUAUACGCCCGGCAUCCUACCAUGUACAAAUGUACAACGGAUUGAACCAGACACCCUAUUUGAGAAAGUUGUUUCACCUGAUGUGCAAAAAAAGCGCUAAAUCUCACAUAAUGAGCAAGAUAUAAAGAACAUUUGUGCAUAGCCAUGAAAGUGUUAAACAAAUUAUAUGUUAAAUGCACAUAUGUCCACGUUUCAAUGCCGAUUGGUCGUAAUAAUCGGUUUGGCUAGUAAUUUAGAUAAAAAUAAAUCUAGUUUGCGUGUGGAAAUGUCGUUUAAAAUAAUAAUAUUUAUUUGGACAAUGGAUUAUAAUUUUAACAAUAGAUAUGUCAAAAAAUACUAAAAAUAAGAAAGUGUUAAAUAUGCAUUCAAGUAUUUUUAAGAACGUUAUACAUUAAAACUGAACAUAUAGUGUCGAUAAAACAAAGAUUUAUUUAAUGUUGAGUUAUAUUCAUGGAAAAUGCAGGAAUAUUGUAACAAUGAAAUAGAUAUAAUAGAAGAUGGGGAAGAUUUCAGAGUUAGUACAGUUUCGAAUCUAGAUCUGUAUCUUGACAAGUUGUAUGAAAAGAAGAUAAAGUUUACCGUGGAAGACGAUGUUGUUGACUUUAUACAAAAUGGUGUAGAGACUCUUGUUCAAGAUUUAAUGAACUUCGUUAUGAAACAAAAUGAGAUUCAAAAAGAAAUAGCUGCACUCAAAGAAAGAUAUAGAAGUGCAACUUUUAUAGAUAAUCCUGAGUUACUGCGAGUUGGCAGUUUUUAUGAAGGAACAAAGAAUACUUUCCCUGACGAGUUUGACUUCAUUUAUGUGGUAUUGUGCUCACCAACACCCGUAUUGAAGGAAAAAACGGGAGGUGCGAUAUCUAUUUUCGACCGGUUUGUGUUAUUUGCAAUUAUGCGCAUGAUCGAACAUGAUAUCAAUGACAUUUCUGAUUACGCGAUUAAAAUGUAUGAAAGCUCGCAUUAUUCACUAAAUAUUGUUGGAAAAGCGGAGCAAUGCCAAAAUGGUCCAAAUGUAAAAUUGAAAUUACGUUUUAAAAGAAAAUGCAUCAUAAGAAAACCGGUUGACAUUUUUGUUGAUAUAACUCCUGGAAUAAAAGUUCUUGCUAGGAAUAUGACAAAAUUUAUUACAACAAUUUGCCCAUUAAAACCUUUCUCAAAAGAGGUAUGUAUCCAUGGUAGUUUCUUACUUGUGUCUUCUCAUAAUAUGGAAACGAAAAUGACCUUUACUGAAACAGAAGUCAAAAUCAUGAAUCACAACCUUUCGUAUCGACACCGAAAAGUCUACAGGCUAUUGAAAUAUCUGAUCAAUGCAAAUGUCGAUGAAGUGGAACUACGAAAAUUGCGUUUUUCACGUCAUGUUAAUGAACUAAAGUUUUGGUUAUCAUCAUAUGAUUUAAAGAGAUUGAUGAUCUACCAUCAUUUGUUUUGUAAACGAGACGAAAGGGUUCCAGAUACCUGUUGUUUGUUUGAUAUACUUGAAUUGAUUCUCAGUCGUGUUUCUGCAGCCGACAUUGACAAAUGCAAUGGUUAUGAAAUAGGUUCUGUGUAUGCAGGUAUACCCCCACUUAUAUAUACGGAUGUGUUUAAUAUUGAUUAUUGUUCCCAAAUUCUACUAUUUAAAGAUAAACGAAAAUACCUUGAUGUUAUGAAAACCCUACUGAACGGCCUAAUAACGGAUUUGAAAUUGGAAACAAGCCUUGAGGACAGUGAUGAUAGGUUCGAGUCUGUUGCCUCCUUUUCUGAAAGGCUUUAUGGAUAUCUUCAACUCCUUACAACACGAAAGAAAAAAAGAAGAAAGCUGAAAGUUUGUACCCCAAUCAUGCUGCUGGUGUUGAUUAUCAUGCUUUAUAUCUUUUUUGUCCUGUAUUUAUCACUUAGGAUGGAUAAUUUUUUCUGAUACAGUAAUUUACCAAAUUGUUGCUCAUACUGAUUUGUAUCUGAAUGACAUAUUUGAGAAUAAAUAUAAAUGUGUAAAUAAAUCUACUUUUGUAGACGGCAUACCUGCUUGAAUUUUUA